UAACUUCAUCCUCUUUUGGUUUUAGAACAGAAAGCUAGAUUUUGCUGUGUGGCAAUGAUUCUGUUCCAUUUAGAUAGCUCAAAGAUUUCCUUUGGGUCCUUGUUGGGUUGUUCACAUGAGCUUAUGUGCUUGCUUUAUAAUAUCACCUUGUCAUAAAUUUUCCACAUUCUGUUUGCAGAACAGGACAGUCUCCUAUCUUGCAAUAGAAUUUAUGCUAAUAACCGUGUUCAAGUUCUGAAGAACCCAUAUCAGGAGCUCUGUCAUAUAUAGUUUGUCCUUGUUUUUCAAAUCAUCUACUAUUGUUUAGGUAAAAUUUAUUAGUGAUCAUGAAUAAUGGGGCUCGUAUAGGUACGCCAAGAUCUUCUGUUAGGAAAAGAACAGCCAAGGAGAAAAGCCCCCUUGUGGUUUGCUUUGGGGAACUGUUGAUUGACUUUGUGCCAACUGUUUCUGGAGUUUCACUAGCAGAGGCUCCUGGUUUUAAGAAAGCUCCAGGGGGUGCUCCUGCUAAUGUUGCUGUUGGAAUAGCAAGACUAGGAGGCUAUUCAGCUUUUAUUGGCAAGGUAGGUGAAGAUGAAUUUGGCCGCAUGCUAGCUGAUAUUCUGAAGCAAAACAAUGUUGACAAUAGUGGUAUGCGUUUCGACCCUAUUGCAAGGACUGCACUAGCCUUUGUUACCUUGAGAGCUGAUGGCGAGCGUGAAUUCAUGUUUUUCCGCAAUCCAAGUGCUGAUAUGCUACUCACUGAAGCAGAGCUUGAUAAAAGCCUCAUUCAAAAGGCAAGCAUAUUUCACUAUGGUUCAAUCAGUUUGAUAGAGGAACCAUGUAGGUCAGCUCAUCUUGCUGCAAUGGACAUUGCUAAAAAAUCAGGAUGCAUUCUCUCUUACGACCCUAAUCUAAGAUUGCCUCUCUGGCCCUCGGAAGAAGCUGCCCGAAAGGGCAUCAAAAGCAUAUGGGACCAAGCUGAUGUUAUUAAGAUAAGUGAGGAAGAAAUCACAUUCCUCACUGGAGGUGAUGAUCCCUAUGAUGACAAUGUGGUCUUAAAUAAGCUUUACCACCCAAACCUUAAGCUUCUGAUUGUUACUGAAGGGCCAGAGGGCUGCAGAUAUUACACUAAGGAGUUUCAUGGCAGAGUUCAUGGUGUUAAAGUCCAGGCAAUUGAUACCACUGGCGCAGGUGAUGCUUUUGUUGGUAGCUUGCUGAACAGUUUGGCUUCAAACCCAAAUUUGUAUAAGGAUGAAAAGAAAUUGAAGGACGCUCUCUUUUUUGCAAAUGGCUGUGGAGCUCUCACUGUGACCGAGAAAGGAGCUAUUCCUGCGCUGCCCACAAGAGAAGCUGUUCUUGAAGUUUUGAACAAAGGCACAGCUUGAGAAAAAUCAGAGAUACAUACUCAUAUUUUUUCAGUAUGGUACAUUUCUGGUUCUCCUGCCAAGCUAUGAAAGUUGUGUAUUGCUC